CUCUUCACCUCCUCAUCACCCCCCAUGUCCCUCUCUUCACCUGCCCUUCGUCUUCACCCCCAUGCCCCCUCAUCACCCUCGUAUCCGUCUCUUCACCCUCGUGUCCUUCUCUUCAUGCCAUCUUCCUCACUCCACCACCAUCUAUAUCCUACUUCCCCUCUUCACCUCCUCAUCACCCCCCAUGUCCCUCUCUUCACCUGCCCUUCAUCUUCACCUCCAUGCCCCCUCAUCACCCUCGUAUCCGUCUCUUCACCCUUGUGUCCUUCUCUUCAUGCCAUCUCCCUCACUCCACCACCAUCUAUAUCCUACUUCCCCUCUUCAUCUCCUCAUCACCCCCCAUGUCCCUCUCUUCACCUGCCCUUCGUCUUUACCUCCAUGCCCCCUCGUCAUCCUCGUAUCCGUCUCUUCACCCUCGUGUCCUUCUCUUCAUGCCAUCUUCCUCACUCCACCACCAUCUAUAUCCUACUCCCCCUCUUCACCUCCUCAUCACCCCCAUGUCCCUCUCUUCACCUGCCCUUCGUCUUCACCUCCAUGCCCCCUCGUCAUCCUCGUAUCCGUCUCUUCACCUUCCUGUCCUUCUCUUCAUGCCAUCUACCUCAUCUUCAUUACCCCACCACCAUCUUUAUCCUACUUCACCUCAUCACCCCCAUGUGCCUCUCUUCAUCUUCUCCUCCAUGCCCCCUCGUCACCCUCGUAUCCAUCUCUUCACCCUCCUGUCUAUCUCUUCAUGCCAUCUACCUCAUCUUCAUUACCCCACCACCAUCUAUAUCAUACUUCACCUCCUCAUCACCCCCAUGUGCCUCUCUUCACCUGCCCUUUAUCAUCUACACCUCCAUGCCUCCUCAUCACCCUCGUAUCCAUCUCUUCACCCUCCUGUCCUUCUUCAUGCCAUCUACCUCAUCUUCAUUACCCCACCACCAUCUAUAUCCUACUUCCCCUCUUCACCUCCUCAUUACCCCCCAUGUCCCUCUCUUCACCUGCCCUUGAUCAUCUACGGCUCCAUGCCCCCUGAUAUCCUUCACCCUCUUGUCCUCCUCUUCCUAUUUUCCUCAUCUUCAUCUCCCCAUCCCCCUGUUCGCUCAUCACCCCCAUGUCCCCAACUCCACCUCUCCUUUCUACUCUUCAUCCCCUUUUCCCCUUCAUUACCUUCCCUACCCCUCUUCACCCCCAGUUCCCCACCCCCCAUCAUCCUUGUCCCCUUUUCCCCCUCACUUUGUGCAGUGGGGCGGGCUUUUCAUUGUUAAAACACGUGGCGAGGAGGUGACAUAUCACCUCCCAUCCGUCUGUCAAAAGCCCCCUGAAAAGCAAUCCACCAUGGAUUACUUUUUAGAGGGGGCGCCAAUUGCUACUGAACGUGUAAACAAUCUCUAAAAGUUGUAAUUAUAUAACCAAAUAGAUAAAUUGUUUUCGUAUUGAACAAUA